UCAAGGCAAAAGUCAACACAUUUUAAAAAAUCAUCCGAAAUCUCACAUCCGGGGCACCGUUGCACUGUAUGUCUUCACCAUAUAAGCCACGCAUGCUUUGCACCCUGCAUGCCCUUCACCUUCAGGUCGUCCAUAUGAAUGUCUGCCCUACUUAUCCUCCAGACCUGUCCUCACUAUACGUCCUCAAUAAUCACUUCACUAUAUGUCGCCACCCAAUAUCUUCUACAUGAAGUGUCCUCUUGGCGUGUCCUCCUCACAGCAUGUCCUCCACAAUUGAGUCCGUGCAGUCCAGCCUGAGGCUAAACAUGAAAGUCAGUCUGGGAGAGGCGCUGAUGACAUAGUGGGCCAACAAGUGAUUUAAUUAAUCGUGAAACCCACUGGGCCGUUUUCGAGCUUCCAGUGCACGGAGAUGAUUGCCUCCCUGCGAUGUUAAAUAUUAAUCUCAUGAGAUCUCUGGUGGAGAAGGAGAAAUUUCAGAGUGUCACAUUUUUCGAGCUUUGUUUUUGGCAGGAGGGGGAGACGCGCGACCCCCGCGCGCACCUCGGCCAACUGGGACUGACCUCACAAUGUCACGAGAUGUGUCACAACGCGUUUGUGGAGCCCAAAUUAAAAAUGAGUAUUCUCUAAAGAGACAUUUUUGGGCACAAAUAGGAGGUGGGGUGGGUGGAAGGCGACUCGCAGAGCUUCUCUACUCGCAUUUGGAUGGUGUGUUCGGAGCUUUAAAUGUUCCACCACAACCUAGUUCGCACUUAGAAUGAUGAUCUCUCCACUGCAUCAACCUUGCUGCCGGGCGCGCUCAUCUGCAGUCCGGCUCGCAUUUGUCUAAAAGAUCAAUUCGGCAGCUUGCGGAGUAACAGGUGCAAUUUCCCAGUUUGCGCAAUAAAACUGGUCAAUUCCCCAAGUCGUGCGUUAUUUAUUUCAAAAGGCUCUUUCCCUCCCCUCGCUGUCGGAUCAUUAAGUGGGCGUCGAUUGCGCUGCGAGUCGAGGGUGAAAUGUGACUUCGGGAGGCUGCAGGAGCUUGGGGCGGCUCUCGUCUGCAGCACCACGGACAGCGGCAACAACCAGGCGCGCCUUUUUCUCUUCCUCUCAACUUGGCCCGCCUUCCUUCCUUUGCACCUUUUCAUUCGCUCCGCACGUCCGAGAGCGCUCCGGAGGAUGUCCACCGCCUCAGCGCUGCUCGUCCUGUCCGCUCGAAGCUGAGGAAACCCGCACAGGCUGUAAUCUCCAAAAAGCACAGAAGAGGAGGCCCGGCUCGAGGAUCACACUGAUGCUUUCAAUGGCUUCUGUCAGAAUAAAAACACCGCUGCUGUGAGAUCCGGUGCUGCGUCCUCACUGUGUUUUUCUUCAGAGGCGGCAACAAUCAAAACUGAUCAAACGCUGACCUAAAAAAAUAAAAUAAAAUAAAUACAGUUAGGAGGAGGACCUCGCUCUGCCCAGGGAUAUGUCAUUGGGGAACUCCCCGUUGCCGGGGGUGCGCCCUGUGCCCCGACCCCUCUGGCUGUCCCGCAUUCUCCUAUUGCUCAUCAGCGUGACUCUCUUUGCCCAGGCUCCCCGGGGUUUGCCUGUGGUCGGUUACAACACGGACUCCAAAAAGGAGAUCACCCUGGAAGGAGAUCUGAUGAUCGGCGGUCUCUUCCCCGUGCACCAGAAAGGCGAGGCCACAGAGGAUUGCGGGAAGAUCAACGCUCAGCGAGGAAUCCAACGACUGGAGGCCAUGUUGCUCGCUCUCGAUGAAAUCAACAGGGAUGAGCGCAUCUUGCCCGGGAUUCGUUUAGGAGCUCAUAUCCUGGACACGUGCUCUAAGGACACUUACGCUCUGGAGCAGUCUCUUGAGUUUGUCAGGGCUUCUCUCACCAAAGUGGACGACAGUGAGUACACGUGCCCCGAUGGAUCCUACGCCAUCCAUGAUGAAGUCCCCUUGGCCAUCUCUGGAGUUAUUGGGGGGUCUUACAGCGAUGUUUCUAUUCAGGUGGCCAACUUGCUGCGACUCUUUCAGAUCCCUCAGAUCAGUUAUGCCUCCACCAGUGCCAAACUCAGUGACAAGACUCGGUAUGACUACUUCGCCCGCACCGUACCCCCCGAUUUCUUCCAGGCCAAGGCGAUGGCAGAAAUCCUCCGUUACUUCAACUGGACGUAUGUAUCGACAGUGGCGUCGGAAGGUGACUACGGCGAGACGGGCAUCGACGCCUUUCAGCAGGAGGCUCGAGCCCGCCACAUCUGCAUCGCCACGUCGGCCAAGGUGAGCCGUUCCAUGAGCCGCUGGAGCUAUGAGAACGUGAUCCGCUCCCUGCAGCAGAAGUCCAACGCCAAGGUGGUCAUCCUGUUUACUCGCAGCGAAGAUGCCCGCGAGCUUCUGGUGGCGGCCAACCGCAUGAACGUCUCUUUCACUUGGGUGGCCAGUGACGGUUGGGGAGCGCAGGAGAGCGUGGUGCGGGGCAGUGAAGCCGUCGCAGAUGGAGCCUUCACCAUUGAGCUGGCCUCCUAUCCCAUCCCCCGUUUUAAUGACUACUUCACGGCUCUCCAUCCGUACAACAACAGCAGGAAUCCGUGGUUCAGGGAGUUCUGGGAGAACCAGUUCCAGUGCAGCCUUCACGAUUUAAGUUGUGGCAAGCACUCGCUGCGUGAGGCGCCGUUUCAACCCGAGUCCAAGAUUAUGUUUGUGGUCAACGCAGUGUACGCCAUGGCCACUGCGUUACACAACAUGAGGCAGGCCUUGUGCCCCAACUCCACCAAGGUCUGCGAUGCACUUAAGCCUGGCAACGGCAGGAAAUUUUACAGGGACUAUAUUCUCAAGACCAAGCUGGACGCGCCGUUUCGUCCACCUGAUACAGAUAACGUUGUCCGCUUUGACGCUUUCGGGGACAGCUUCGGCCGCUACAACAUUUUCCACUACCACAAGGCAGGUGGACGCUACAGCUAUCGCAAAGUCGGGUACUGGGGUCAGAGUCUGAUCCUGAACACAAGCCUGAUCCCCUGGGCUAACGGAGCGCCCACUUCCCAGUGUAGCGACCCCUGCAGGAAGAACGAGGUGAAGAGUAUGCAGCCCGGAGACGUGUGCUGCUGGAUCUGCAUCCCAUGCCAGUCUCACCAAUACUUGCACGAUGAGUUCACGUGUGCCGACUGCAGCUUUGGACGGUGGCCUCUGGCUAAUCUGACAGGUUGCUAUGACCUACCUGAGGAGUACAUCCGCUGGGAAGAUGCCUGGGCCAUUGGACCCGUCAGCAUUUCCUGCCUGGGCAUGAUGUGCACUCUAUUCGUCAUCGGCCUCUUCCUCAAACACAACGAGACCCCCGUGGUGAAAGCCAGCGGACGUGAGCUCUCCUACAUUCUCUUGCUGGGAGUGCUGAUGUGCUAUUCAAUGACUUUCAUCUACAUCGCCAAACCUUCCACGGCGGUUUGCACACUGCGCCGCCUGGGCUUGGGAACCUCCUUCGCCGUGUGCUACUCAGCCCUCCUGACCAAGACCAAUCGCAUUGCUCGGAUCUUCAACGGGGUCAAGGGCGGUGCCCAGCGACCUCGAUUUAUCAGCCCGGCCUCACAGGUCGCCAUCUGCGGAGGUCUGAUUUCCUGCCAGCUGGUCGUGGUGGUGGUCUGGCUUCUCAUCGAAGCUCCGGGAGUGAGAAAGGAAGUGAGCCCGGAGAAGAGAGAUGUCGUCACCCUCAAGUGUAACAGCAAAGACUCCAGCAUGCUCGUGUCUCUCACCUACAACUGCGUCCUUAUCAUCCUCUGCACGGUGUACGCCUUCAAGACCCGCAAGUGCCCCGAAAAUUUUAACGAAGCCAAGUUCAUUGGCUUCACCAUGUAUACAACCUGCAUCAUCUGGCUGGCUUUUCAGCCUAUUUUCUACGUCACUGCCAGUGACUACAGGGUGCAGACCACUACUAUGUGCAUCUCGGUCAGUCUGAGCGGGUCGGUUGUCCUGGGUUGCCUCUUUGCUCCGAAAGUCCACAUCAUUCUGUUCCAGCCACAGAAGAAUGUCAGCACUCUUCGGGUGGCCACCACUCGCUUCAGCGUCACCACUGGACCGGGCUCCAGUUUCUCUCAAGGUAUGUGGCACACUUGUUGGCAGAGAGGACAGACUAGCCAUGUGUCAACGUACAUAUCUGUACUUCUGCAUGUCUUUGCAGCAUCAGCGUCCAACGUCGUUCCAACGGUGUGUAACGGGCGAGAGGUGGUGGACUCCACGACGUCUUCCUUGUGAAGAUGAGCUGAGUAACUCUGCCAAGCGUUGUAAACACAAUUAUAUAACCACUAGUCCUCAAACAGGUGUCUGAGAUAUUCAAGAGGACAGUUGUCCUGACUUUGUUGUCCUCAAAGUGCUGUGAGUACAAUGUCCCAAUUAUUUUCUUCUGUUUUUCAAUUCAAAUAAAUGACCAAGUGAAAUCAUGCCAAUAAAGGUUACAUGGAGUCUUGCCCUCGUUUUUACUGCAACAAUGAUCGUGAAUCUGUUAAAUGUAUUAUAUACGGGAUGUUUUUCAUGUAGAUUUCUGGUGAACAGUUUGUGCUUUCUUGUAAUUUAUGUAAAUAAAAUGUGGGUUUU